AUGCCCCAUCACAGCGUUCUUCGCCUGGUCCUGCUGAUGCUCUCUGGAGUUGUGGUCCCUGCUGUUCUAACAGCAGAGUAUCCCCAAGGACCUGCCCCCACGCUGUGGAACGAGCCGCCGGAGCUGCCGUCGGGAGGGGGCCCCUUUGAUGCCGCCACCACCAUGGGUCGCUUCUCGGACUCUACAGCCUUCCCCCCGUACACCUCGGAGUAUGAGCCUGAGGACACCACCCACCUGCACCGUCUGGAUGAUAACGGGUCUCUGGGUCCUGGAGCCAUCAGUGCCAUCGUAAUCGCUGCUCUCCUAGGCGCAUCUGUGAUUGUGGCCCUGAUCGUCAUCACCCUGCGAAAAUUCUCUGCCUCCUGA